AUCGCCGCAUUAACUGUGUAGCAAUUGUGAGAUAAAGUGCUUUUCUAUGUACUUCAAUAAAUAGAAAUUGAUAUCGCCCGGAAGGGUUUGAAUUGAGCAGAAACUUAAUUUCAAAUUGUUCAUAAUAAAGUUUUAAUCUUUUAUUAAUGCAGUGGCAUUUGUUUGUGAUUUAAAAGUGAAUAGUCAAAUAUACCUUAAAAAAUUAUAUUUAGUUUUGCUUAACUGGCUCCCAUAGUGGCAAGUUUAGAGAAACUUAUUUAACUUAAUUAAACAAAGUGUUUGGUUUAAACUCGAUGUACAUUCGCCAUGCGAUUUUAAUGUGCAAAAUAAGCAGAAAUUAUAUUAUUAAAGAGGUGCAGCUCGAAAUGGUCCUAUUUAUAACCUAAUCAUCAAAUCCUAUUUGAAUGUGGCAAAGAGAAAUAUACUUGUACUCCAAAAAUAUUAGGAAUGGCGUUACAGUUUCUCGUAAAUUAAAUGAUAAUCUUAUUAAAAAACUUAUUUCAAAAACUGCCGUUCUUUCUAAUGGGAGCAUUACAGAGUUUGGAUUUCCUUUUUUUAUACCAAUUUUUACCUGUACACGAAUGUGAAUCUUGAAAAUUAUAUUCUAACUCAAUAUGUUUGUUUUUAUUUUUUCAGCAACAAACAUAAAUAGCUGAGUAAAUAAACAAAGUGUCUAGUAUAAAAUAAAUAUGUGCAUCAUUUAAGCUUUAUGAAACAAUUUGUUUAGCGAUUUGCUAAAAAAAUGUUUAUGCUAUGCUACAUGCAUACGUAGCAUUGGUGUGCAAAAGAAAGAAAAACAAUUUUUAAAUAAGUAAAUCGAAUUCUUAACGGUUUGUAGUAUGUAUGAUAAUUCGACUGAUAGGUUUCGCGCGUGUUUUAAUACGAUUGUUACUUAUUGCAAUGAGUAUAAUAGUCUUGUUUACCUAACAGCUGGAUGUAAGUCCAAAAGCUAGUUGAUAUACUAGGCAGGUUGCGAAGUUCGUAUAGUCUUUUAUUCGUUGCCAUUAAUUACAAUUAUCGAUCUUAGAACUUUUCAUAAAAUACCUAUCUUGAUUACUUCUAUAUUCUAGUUAUAGGUGCAUGUUGUUUAGAUCGAACCACUUCAAUAUUUGUGACAGCUAACAUACAAACUGAUCGACCAAAUUCAAGUCCUUGUUUGGAAAUGUUUUUUAUUUGACAAGAUAUGUUCACGAAAUCUGGCAUAGAUUAUUUUCUAAGGCAAUGUAACAAUCUUCAAUCAAAAUCAAGAUACAGAUAUUUUUUCUUUAUUAAGUAAUCUUAGUUCGACUUAAAUGUUGUUUAUAUCAAAAAAACAAAACAAAAUUCCGUUGGAUGCAAAAUGUUGGCUGGUAACUUUAUAAGUUAUGUAGUUGCAAAAGAGAUGCACCUGAGAAGGGCAUUAUAGCUUCGGGGCAGCCGAAGUUAAAGUUUUUUCUAGUUUUUUUUCCCAGAUAAUAUUUAAGUGAGAUCUGAGGUAAGAUAAAAGUGGCAAAACACCACAACCAUUUCACCAUCAUAUAAAUUGAUUGAUAAAACGGCACUUUCUUCCAUUUUUUAUAUAAACGAUAAAACUGGUUCGGUAAAUCGGCAUUACCUUAGCUCAAUACAUUUGUAUGUACGUAGUAUUAUGUUGAUUUUUGACCUUAAUGUGUCGGUAAUGUGUAAAUUAUCUUAAUGAAAUAAAAAUGUUUUCUUAAGCAUUCUCUGAAAUUGACGAAAUAGGUCACGAACUUACGCUAUUCGUCAUAUAUCCAAAAUGACCAUUUUCCACAUUCCCUUGGCUUUACCCAAGGCUCGUAUAUCCGUUAUUAUUAUUUCCGUUUCCCUGGUUGGCCAUACAUUUAAAAUAUAAUUAAAUAAAUAGACAGCACGCAUAUGUAGAUGUGUUAGACGGAUUGUUGAAUUUUCUAGCGAGAUAAUUAAUUCUCAACUCGCUUAAUAAACAUACAUACGUACAUAUUAUAUAUGUACUCGAAUGUUUAUAAUUUGUUGUGGGUUAUAGUUAUAACUUUGGGAUCUCAAAAACAAUUCUUUCAUACUUAUAUUUGUGUAAGUAAGUCCUUAAAAAUAUACAUUUUAAAAUUUAUAAGUAGUAAGAAAUAAAAAUAAUGUUAUGUUCGUAUUCUGGCACAAGAAUAAUUGUUAAGUGGGUAGCAGGCAUUUCCCGCAGGGUUUGGUAUUGUAAUAAUGUUGUGGAGGCGUGUUUUCUGUAUGACUACUACGUAUGAGUUAUAGUUUUGGCGUUUCAGCUUCAUGUAAUUAAUUGUAAAUUUGCAUUCAAGCUAUUCACUUUAGAAACAAGGUUUACAAAUUUCUUUUUAACUGCGUGUAAAAUUUUCUACACAGAAGGAAAUCUCAUUACAUUUUAGUUAUUCGUAAUGCUGAAAAGAGUAAUGCAAUGGGUCCUGCUAUAAAAUUGAUAAAACUCUACGCGAUAUUUAUGUCAGUGGUAAUGACGGCGGUUUUUGGAUUACAUUUGGACUACACAGAAUCUACUGAAUUCAUACAUCAGCGGGCUGGUUAUGACAUUCGAUUACACUGUGGUGUUCAAGGAUUAGUGGAUGAAGAACAGCUCGCAGAUAGAAAAAUCUAUUGGUUUUUUAAGUGUCGAGAAAAAACGUUCACCGGCGAAACUUGUUAUAAGUGGAUGCAAUUACCCUGUGAAGAAAACUUUUGUCAAUCGGACUUGUUGCUGCACAAUGUCACUGAGGAGUAUUCUGGCUUAUAUAAAUGUACCGUUGUGCCGCUGAGGUACAAAUCUGGGCAUGGGCCUGAUAUUCAAUUCGUUCGUACUUAUCAACUUGAUGUCAGAAAUUCUAGUUCGGCUAUACCCAAAUUCGUAGAUCCAUACCCAUUAAAUAAGACGGCUGUUAUUAAUGACCAAGUAGUGUUUCAGUGUCGUGUGCAAAGUGAAGUGCAUCCCACCAUAAAGUGGUUUCGCCGCAUUCCAGCUUCUCUUCCCAAUGGUUUGAAAUAUAUGGGUGUCAACAGUAAUCAUCUUAAUGCGCACAUUGUCCAUUAUAACGGACAUACCUAUGAGCUGUUGCAUACAGUUGGUGAGAAAUACAUUGGAGACGAUAUGUUUCUAAGCAAAUUGAUAUUAAAUGGAGUGCGUCUGAGAGAUGAGGGUUACUAUGCAUGUGCCGCUAUCACUUUUCAUGGCUAUAAAAUACGAGAAGCAUACUUAAAAGUUAAUCGACAAGAAUAUGUAGAAGACUACAGCGCUAACGGGGAAGCUUACACCGAUCCUAGUGAAUUCUGGUUACUAUUUUUAAUGCCUCUGGGGUUAGCAAUGCCACCACUGAUAUUUUGGCUAAGCUAUUUGAUUUAUAAACGGUUCACAACCAAUACGGACAUUGAAAGAAACUCUCAAACUUAUUCCGAAAACUUCAUAGAAGAUGAUAAUUGUGUGCUGAGAGCGUAGUAGUGUGAAAAAUAUGUUCCGGGUGUUAAAACUCAUAGUUUAUAAAUAUGCUUUAUUCCAUGAAAAAUAAUUAAAACUAAGACAAAUACGCUUAUUAAUUUAACUGAAGUUUGUAUAAAAAUCAAUAUGAAUAAUAAUUAAAUUAAGCAUUCAAGCUCAUACCUGAUAUGUAGUGUAAAUAUUGUAAAUAAUUCGCGAAAUAAUUAAGUAUAAUAUAACAUUCUAUGUAUUACAGUUAAAUACACUAAGUGGUAAUAUAUAAGAAUGAAAGUAGGUUUUACUUAUCUAUAAUAAAAUAUAUAAUUUCUACUAAGCUAGUUUCUCACUUUAAUGACAUACAAAAUAAAAAUUAUACUGAAAUAACUUCUAACUUGAAUAAUACUCGAUAGUACUUCAAUAAAUCGUAUUCGAAAAUUUUUAAUAAUGUGUUCGAAAGUUAAUAUUCGACCAAAAAGUUGAUUGUGUAGAAUCCUAAACUGAAACAAACACGAAAUUACGAGGAAUAUCAACUUGAUAUAAAUUGUGUUUCAACAUCGUGUUUUUUAAAAAUCAAAAUUUGUAGCAAUCAAGUUCAAAAUUUUUUCAUCUCUGUCAAUUAUAAUUUGACUGUAUUCCAAUAUCUAUUUUAUAAAUAUAUAUGUAUUUAUAUAAACUUACAUAUAAUUAGUAUCGUUUACUUGAUGAUAUUGGAAAUCUAUUUGAAUUUCUAUUUGAUGCGCCAAUUUCAAGUGCAUAUUUUUUACUUACGCAUUUGCAUCAACAUCGCCAAUCAAUUGGAGCCAAUAGAGUCACCUGAACCGUUGGAAGCCUAGAUUUCUAAAUCAUAAAAUUGGAUGAAAUGUCAAGAAAGCGUAACUCCAAUCGUAUAUCGAUGGCGCUUUUGCAUUCGAUUGUACCAUGCACCAGCAUUGAAGACUACGAAUUUGAAUAUUAUCGGCCUGGUUGUUAUUGCAUACCGCAAGUGAUGCCAAAUAUCGCACCCUAUACAUGCGCUUAUCUCCACGAAUAUGUGCCUCAGUGGACGGCUGCCUGUAACACGGCCACCUAUGUGGUGGACGCUUACGGUAUGGUUUAUUAUCUCAGCGAUUUCGAACAUCAGUUGCAAUUUCCUAAUAGUAUGGUCCACUCGGAUAUCGUUUACCACAUACCAAACUAUUUUGAUGUAGCAACAGAGGAGGAUGAAAGCGAAACUGUGAGUCCACGUAAACGUGAAUGCCUUGAAAACGAAAAUAAUUCUGAAGACACGGAAAAGGAAUCUAGCACAGACUUUUGUCAAGGUUACGAAUUUUCUGAUGUUGAUACUGAGAGCAAUUCACUAAAAAAGUCCGAAGACUCUGAGCAUGAGUAUCUUGUGGAAGAACCAUCUGAUACAGAAACUAAAGUUUAAGAGUGAAAUGAGCGUAAAAAGUAAAUUGUACUUAUUUGUUUCAUUGUCUGUAUAUUUUGGAAACAUCUUAUUGAAUGUACUCAUUGUCGAAUAUUGCGAAACGAUUUUUAUUAAAUUGAAACUUAUCUAGAAUUGAGUUUUGUAA